AUGGUCAAUCUAUCCGCCCUGCCCUCAGAGUCUAGCUUCUCUGGUCCCCCAACAGACUCUUCCUCCAAUGUCGCGUCGCUGAGCUCGACACCGCCCACAACCGUUGCAGACAGCAUCAGCCUGGCUUCGGAUACCCCCAAGCCCGACAUUGCCCCGGCCGUCGUCGUCGAGGAGACCAUCGAGGCCUCCGUCACCGUCGCCCUCGAUGACCCGGAGCCAGAGCCAGAGCCACGACAGACCCCCAGCCCUGGACGCGCACGUCGCGCCCGCACGAGCGCCGCCCACCCAGUCUACAACAUCUCCAGGCUGAGCGGCACAGACGGCCACGGCAAACGACGCGCAAAGGGCGAUGAAGUCCGCGACAAGCGGAGACGCACCAUCUCGGGCGACACGCUCGUCAGCAACGGCGACGCGCCCAACUCCAGCACCGACCGUCUCCUGCGCGACGGCAUCGAGGCUCUUGACCUCCAAUGGUCGAUCCGCGGACCCAACACCCCCCGCGGAGCACGUGCCAUGGCCAAAAAGGCCAGAGACUCCCCCCGACGCAUCUCGACGCGUUCGGCCGGCGCGGCCGCCGAAUCCCUUGCCACGAAGGUCUCUUCCCUGGGCAAACGCGGCCGCAAGAUCUUCGAGAAGGCGAAUCGCAUGUCUCGCGAGCUGAAGAGACUCCAGGACACCAAUGAGUUUGCGCACAUCGACACAAAGCCCAUCAGGCACACGGUGUGGAGUAACGGUAAAUACGUCGACCCCGAUGAGAUUGUCGAAGACGAGGCGCCAGCACGCAAGAAGAGCAAGGUUCAGAAGGAAGACACCGAAGAACCCGAGCCUGAGAAGAAGGAGGAGGUUGUCAAGGGGCCAAAGCAGAGACGCGUAAAGAAGUACCUGGAGAAGGGAUUGUACGCUGGUCAAGAAGCGCCAUUGGACAUUACUAAGGGAUUGUCCAUUGCGGAGAAGAAGAAGCUCGCAGAGUUGCCGGAGCUGCUUCCCAGCGGCAAGCUCAACAAGACGCUACCUAUGCCCAUCUACAAUGGCUUCCGUCUUCUGCUCAACGGCAGAGACUUCAAGUUGCCCUUCGACAUCUGCAACCCUCUCCCGCCUGGUCAGCCCAAGCCGGACGAGUGGCGAAAGAUGACAAGAAAUCGCUUUAUUGGAGAUGCUGCAAUGUACUGGCGGAAGACUGAUCACUUCAAGGACUACCAGUCCAAGUGCGUCUGUACGCGCGAGGACGGCUGCGCAGAGGACUGCCAGAAUCGCAUUAUGCUCUACGAGUGUGAUGACACGAACUGCAAUGUGGGCAAGGAGCACUGCCAGAACCGCGCUUUCCAAAACCUUCAAGAGAGGACCAAGAAAGGCGGGCGGUUCCGUGUUGGUGUUGAGGUUUUGAAGACCUCUGACCGAGGCUACGGUGUGCGCACCAACAGAUGCUUUGAGCCCAACCAGAUCAUCAUGGAGUACACUGGAGAGAUUAUCACCGAGGAGGAGUGUGAGCGCCGUAUGAACGAGAUUUACAAGGACAACGAGUGCUACUACCUGAUGUCUUUUGACCAGAACAUGAUUAUUGAUGCAACAACUGGCAACAUUGCCAGAUUUGUGAACCACUCCUGUUCCCCCAACUGCCGCAUGGAGAAGUGGAUUGUUGGCGGACAGCCGAGAAUGGCUCUCUUUGCUGGGCCCCGCCCCAUCCAGACCGGCGACGAGCUGACGUACGACUACAACUUUGAUCCUUUCUCCGCAAAGAACGUGCAGAAAUGUCUCUGCGGCAGCGCCAACUGCCGCGGUGUGUUGGGCCCCAAGCCCAAGGAGGUGAAGGUGCCGAAGCCCCCCAAGGAAGUGAAGAGCCCGAAGAAGAAGGGCGUCAAGGCCACUCUGAAGGCGACUGCCAAGGCGACGGUCAAGGGUGGAAAACGCAAGCUGCAGGAGCUGCUUGCAGGAGGAGAGGACGAGGCCGAUACCAACAGCACGAAGAAGCGCAAGAUUAAGCCGGCCACGGGAAUCAAGCGCUCGCUAUCUUCGGCCAGUCUGAAGAGCCUCAAGGGAGCAGCAAAGGGAGCCGCGACGGUUGUUAGGAAGACCGCUUCUAGCAUCUCUGUUAAUGCACGAGCUGCCCUAGGCCCGAAGACCCCAGCAGCCAAGGCAACCAUCAGAAAGUCGAGCAGUACCAGCACUCUCAAGACCUACAGCAAGAGCGGUACCAAGCAGCUGAAGCUAGCAGCAUCCCGCAGCUCCAGCUUGACGAUUGUGGCUCGUCCCGAGAGCGACGACGAGAACAUCAAGCCCGGCAAGGGCAAGCGCUCUCCGCAGUCCCUGAAGAGCACCAAGUCUCGCAAGAGCAUCCUGACCUCGCCCGCCUCGUCGAAGAUAACCAAGAGGACCCCCAAGAGCAUCAAGUCCCCUAGAAAGGGACUGGAGCUCUCGCGCGCCGCCAAGAUCAGGCUUGUGGAUGAUGAGUAG